CAAUAUCAUUAAAGAGUGCAUAUCGAUUCUGAUUUCGAGAUAUUGCGGUAGAGUGGCGUUGUUUUUGGAUUGUGAGGAAGCGGUAGUUCUCUUCUUUUAGUGUUGCAACGAAACUGCUAUACUACUAUUAAGAAAUGUCGUCACUUUUAAACAAGCCAAAAUCUGAAAUGACACCAGAAGAGCUGUCAAAGAGAGAAGAAGAAGAGUUUAGCACUGGACCAUUGUCAGUUUUAACUCAGUCGGUGAAAAACAACACACAGGUACUGAUCAACUGCCGCAACAAUAAGAAAUUACUUGGUAGAGUGAAAGCCUUUGAUCGUCACUGCAAUAUGGUGCUUGAAAAUGUCAAGGAAAUGUGGACAGAGUUACCCCGAACUGGUAAAGGAAAGAAAAAGGCAAAGCCAGUAAACAAAGAUAGAUUCAUAUCAAAAAUGUUUCUGCGAGGGGAUUCAGUCAUACUGGUUCUUCGAAAUCCACUUGCUACAGCAGCUGGAAAGUGAAUAAUUGUAUAAAAAGUGGGACUGGAGUGUGUUGUUUCUGUGGAUUUGUGGAUUUCAGGACUUGGAGAGAUAUUUUGACUAAUUUUUAUUCUGUCUGUACAAACUCCAUUCAUCUAAUAAAUAAUUUGAAUACAGUA